UGGGGCCCCAAAAGGUCCAGUUGGACUGGUAUGGAUAACAAUGCAAGGCGUGAUGCCCCGGAGCACAACACCGCAACAGAGCAAAACACAUCCCCAUCGCAUUGGAAGUGACAAAAUGGAUUCUUCACCAUCACAUUGGAAGUGGAACCAAGGGUGGAUAAAAUUGGAAUCACAGAAGUCUGGGGGCAACCCCGGCGAGACUCGCCUCCCCUACUGCGAAAUGGUAUCCUCACCCUACAUAGGCACUGCUGCUCGAUUGGAAGGGUCCUCACCUUAG